AUGGCUCAUGGGAUUCCCUGGUCCUCAGAGAACUGGUGCGGCUUCCUCGGCGCGGGGGAGAGCCGUCGGCUUUCCCUCUGCCGGCAGCGGCGGAUUCUCCGCCAGGAGAAGCAGUCGGAGGAUCUCCGCUACGGCAGCGCCCCACGGUGCCUCUCUUCCUACUACAGCGUCUUCGUCGCCCGUCUGGCUAUCAUGGUACUCAGAAAGUCAACUUUCAGAGAAAGAGUAGCAGCAACAGCAGAUUACUCAUGCAGGGGGGUGUCGAUUGUAGGUGAUGCUGGCGAUCUUGAUCGCGACGAUGACGAUCCUGACAUGGCACUUCAGCAAGGUCUACACGACGAGCUCCAUCCGAAGCCUGGCCUACGGGCUCCGGUACGAGCUCCUCCAGCGGCCCAUCCUCCGCAUGUGGAACAUCCUCAACUCCACCGUCGAGAUCACCGUCGCCCAGGUGAAGCUCUCAGAGUACGUCAUCGACCGCUACUACUCCCCUACCGCCGCCGGCGAUCAGAACCCCCAGGUGCGCCGCCGCUCCUCCUCUUCCUCCUUGGCGGGUCGUCUUCUUCCUCCGCGCUGAUUCAGGUUGUUUUCCAUGGUGGCAGCUCUACGAGGCGAUGAGGAACGUAACGUGGGUGCUCUUCGCCAGCAGAACCGCGCUCGCCUCCAUCACAGUGAGCCACCGGGACGGCUAUGUCCAGGCUUUCCACAGAGAUCCCCGGAGCAGAAGCAUUUACUACAUCUUCUCCGCGCCGCCGGAGAAGCACGGGAAGAACGCGUCGUCGGUGUGGUACAGGUUCUCACUCGACCCGGCAACCGGGAGGGAAACAGGCGGCCGGCGGAAGGUCCCCCCCGACGACCUCAUCAGCAUCGCUGGCCUCUCCGAGGUGAGCGACGGCACGGCGGCAUGGCGGGUCGCCGUGAGCAAGUUCACCGACUCGCCGCUGCUCGCGGCGGCGCUUCCAGUCCGGCGACCCGCCGACGGCGCCAUCGUCGCCGCCGUUGGCGUCACCACCUCGCUGCAUAGCGUGGGCCAGCUCAUGCGGGAGCUCGUGGGCUUCCACAGCGGCCACAUGUACCUGACCUCCCGCGAGGGCUUCCUCCUCGCUACUUCCACCGACGCCCCACUUCUGCGGAACUCCACCGCCGGGCCGGCGCUGAUGCAGGCCGCCGACUCAGACGAUCGCAUCAUCAGGGCCGGCGCAGAGUGGCUGCACCGGGCUCACGGGGACAGCUUCCCCAUCCGCCAUGAAGUCCACGAUGAGAACGUUAAGAUCGGACGACAGAGAUACUACGUCGACUCCUUCUUCCUCGACCUGAAGAGAUUACCUCUGGUGAGCACCCCCCAUGGCUCUCCCUUCCUGGACCGCCCCUCACCGCCGCCGUCUCCUCUUCUCUGCAGGUCGGUGUCACCAUCAUCCCCAGAAGGUACAUAAUGGGAAAGGUUGACCAGAUGGGCACGACCACGCUGAUCAUCCUGGUCAGCGUCUCCGUGUGCGUCCUCGCCAUCGGGUGCGUCCUCAUCAUGGUACUCACCAGUGGGGUCUCCAAGGAGAUGCGGCUACGGGCGGAGCUGAUCAGCCACCUUGACGCCAGGAGGAGGGCGGAGGCGUCGAGCAACUACAAGAGCCAGUUCCUGGCCAACAUGAGGUCAACGAGGACCUCCCCCACGUAAAAAGUCCACAGCUUCACAUUCAUUUCUCUCAUGCUGAUGAAGUGAAGCUCGCUGUUGUUCUGGGCUGCAGCCACGAGCUGAGGACCCCGAUGGCGGCGGUCAUUGGGCUGCUGGACCUACUUAUAUCGGACGAUUGCCUCACAAAUGAGCAGCUUGAAACGGUGAGCCAGAUUAGGAAGUGUUCUACGGCCCUGCUGAGGCUGCUCAAUAGCAUAUUGGAUCUCAGCAAGGUGAGCUCGCAGGAAAAUAACCUUCGAUCAGGCAAGCUGAUUAAUACACAAGUAGAAAUAUUAGUUAAAGAAAGGGACUGUUAGAUACUACACGAGAGUCAAUCUCGGCUUCUAAGGUCAACCGUCUCCCUGUUUUAAAGCAAGCAAAUCUCAUCUGUUAUGCCUUUUUUUUUCAUUUUAUUGUCAUAAUCCAUGAAAAAAACUCCAGAUUGCGGAUGUUUUCUUCUCUUUGGUCUUCCAAAUCGUGAAAAUUAAUCAUGUCCAAAGAAAAAUAUGUAAUGUUUUCCUUCAGUUGAUCGUCUGAUAGAAUUUCAGAGGAGAGGAAAUUUCAUAGCCUUUUGCAGAAGAUUCAGCUUCUACUCCAUGUAUUCCAAUAAAUGAAAUAGUCAAUUCUCUAAAAGCUGAGUAUGAUUUCCAAAAAGUAUUCAGAAAAUUUUACUCAUUGCAGCUUUUCUGUGAACCCAAAAACUCUAGUUUCUUAACACUUUAUUAAUAAACUUUCUGAAGGUUGAAUCAGGGAAGCUGGUUUUGGAAGAAGUUGACUUUGACUUACAACGAGAACUGGAGGGGCUGAUGGAUAUGUUCUCAGUGCAGUGCGUAAACCAUAAUAUGGAGACUGUGUUAGAUCUCUCUGGUAUGUUCCUCCACCUUACACUUCUCAGGUCUGAUUUCCCGUUUUUCAGGGAACCAGGAAAGAAAAAACCGCAGUGAUUGACAUAAAAGAAAUUCCUGAAGAAUCAACAGAUAUUAAAUUUAUCCAGUGAAGCUUGCAUACAUCUGUUUUAUGGAAUCACUUUUCUGAUAAAAAACUUGAAAUAGUGGGAUUAAUGAAUUCUGAAAAAAAAAUAGCUUCAAGGGGGGAUGAUAUUUUCUAACUGAAAAUUGAAUUUUGAUGAAACUGGAAGCGGAUUAUUUGAUCAGAGAAUCGACACGUAGAAACCCAAAGCAAGAAAAUAUUAAAUUAAGAAAAAAAUGUGUUAUCACAUGUUGAGCAUUAGGAUUCUGAUUUUAUUAAUCAAACCAAGAGCAUGAUAUGUUGUUCUUUUUAUUGUUUCAACUUCUGUGAGUAGUUCUGCAGAAUUUACGCUUACAAUUAUUUUUGGAAUUUAAAAAAUAACCAUUGUAUAACCAAUCAGAUUAUUCAAAGUUUCUGAUAAUUUUUUUCUCAAAUUAAGAUUUUUUUUCGGGAAAUUACGUUAUUGAAGCCAGUUUUCCCAGAACCACAUCUUCCUACUGCAUUCUGACCCUGGAUAAGCUUAGCAUCAACAGAUGGGAAGAAAACACUAUGUGAUCCCCAGAAGCUUCCAGGAAUGAAAUUAUAUUAAUAGAAUUAAAUUUUAUAGAUAAUUAUGAAAUUAAACCCAUGAAAGGUUUACUGUGAUAAAAAGAUCUCCGUAAACAGAGGACUGAAAGGGAGCAUUUUUUUUUACUAUAAAAAAUCCCAAAGUUACCUCAACUUUGGCUUCACCACAAGGUGAAUGAAACUUUGUCACUUUGCUAAUAAAAUGAAACUUUAGUGACCUAGGUUAUAAUAUUCCGAUCAAACAGCUGAUGAAGGGGAUGAGCGGAACAGGGAGGUAUUGCUUGCAGAGACUGUUGGAACGGUGGUAGGUAAAUUAGUAGAAUUUGAAGAGGGUACCGUAGGUAUUUCUCGCCAAAAUCAAGAAAUUUUUUAGAACCUAAGAUCCAGAUUAAUAAAUUUUCUUUAUCAUGUUUUGAACUUAGUUAAAGAUCUUGCUCUUUUAUUUUGAACUGAUGAAGUGGACUACAUACAUUCUACAGAUGAUAUGCCCAAAGUUGUUCGAGGAGAUUCUGCCAGAGUGGUUCAGAUAUUCACAAACCUCGUCAGUAAUUCCAUCAAGUUCACAUCAUGUGAGUCAUGCUUCGAAUUUAUUUUCUUAGUGAUUAUAUUCCUUGAACCCACAGUUAUGACUCAAACCUUGUGCUUAAGGACUGAAGGAACAAAUUACCAGGUAUAGUAUUCGAAAAAUUCUAAAUGAAGUAAUAAUUAAACAAAAAAAAAGAAUUUCACCAAACGAAGACGAAAAGGGCCAGAGCUCCUUUGUAUCCAUGCAUGGAACAUCAAUAGGACAAAAUGACAUUAUAAUUCCAUUUCAAUUUCCAUAGUUAUCGAGGGCUGUAUUUGAUUGAAACUUGGUCCAUUUUCUCAACAACUCUCCUCUAUCCUUCUUAAACUUGUCCACCUGUUUCUAUUUGAUUUCUUCACACCUGUCCUUUGCAUUAACUGGCAGAGGUUGUGCUAAACCAGACGGGUCCUGCUGCUUCCUUCUGACCGUUUCUUCAUUGAUUCUUCUCUACCUCUUUUCCUUAUUGGCACGCCAUGAGUAUUUCCAUUAUAUUUCUUCAUAGAUCUCCUUUUAUUAACUUCUGAAAGUUGUGCUUAAAUCUUAAGGAAAACCAACAAUUCUUCAUGGCUGUAACGUUAAUGAAUAAAUUUGAUGGUUCUCAAUUCACCUGAAAAUCCACAGAUAUUGCAAAAAAAUAAUUAUAAAAGUGGAUUUCAGAUGCCGAGUCUAAUUCCUUAUAUAUAGCGUGUAACCUAGUAUAGUGCCAGUUAAUCUCUACUACUGAAAGAAUUGUGUUUGUAAAUAUGAUCACAUAUAUACAAUUCGGUGAAGAGGUCUUUUUAGCUAAAAAACUGAAAUCAACUUCAGCUGGUCACAUUAUUUUGCGAGGAUGGUGUGAAUAUGGCGAAACUAGAAAACAAGAUUUGCCACAGGAGAAGUGGUCCCAAUGUUUCAUCAAAACCAGGGGAAAUCAGGACGGAUUUAUCACAAAGGAAGUGCCUGACAACUGCAAUAGAAUCACGCUUCAGUUUGAAGUUGAUGACACUGGAUGCGGUAAAGCUUUUUCUACCCAGCACCAUACCUUAGUCUUCCGCUUAAAAAAUGCAGAAUUUAGUUUUCUAAUCUUUACUAGGUAUUGACCCAAGCAAAUGGGAAUCUGUUUUUGAAAGCUUUGAGCAAGCUGAUCCAUCAACAACCCGAAUGUAAGUCGUUUCUAAUGAGAUUUUGUUGUACCAAAAAAUUAUUAAAUCAAUGCAUAACAUCUAGUAUGUAAAUUUAUAAUCUACCGCCUCACCUAUCCAAAUUUCCAAAAUACAUUUUCUAGAAGAAAUAUUUUUUUCCAAAAAGACAUUAUAAAAUUUCCCCAUCUACAGGCAUGGAGGGACUGGUCUUGGCUUAUGUAUUGUGCGUAACUUGGUGAGUCUAGAUAAUUUCACUAUCCAGGAUCAUGUUGCAGAGACAGAAUAUCGUAUCAUUUACUGCUAUCUUAUAGACUGUCUAUACUGACAUCAUCCAUGGUUGAAUAUACUAUAUUGAAUGAGAUGCUAUCUGAUUCCAGGUUAACAAGAUGGGAGGGAAAAUCAAAGUUGUAAAAAAGGAUGGCCCAGGGACCCUAAUGCGACUAUCCUUGGUCCUGGGACUACCAGCGGCCUACGCUGGAAAGCGUUUUGAAUUAAAAUCGGAUCAGCAUAAUUUAAUGGUGAGUCGUCUACCAUAUAUCAAAAUAUCAGCCAAUUUAGUCACUGUUUGGUGUUACCUUUGAAUUAUUUACACUGGUUUGAUAACACAAAAAGCUACUCUAAAUUUGUUCGAAAGUAGACGGGAAAUCAUGUUUCGGGAUAUGAUAUCUUCUCCUCUUAUUAUUUUAAAUUUUAUCGUAUUUGAUGGCACUAUGGCCUCUUUGAAUGGCCUACACGCUGGCAGUAGUACAUUUAGGCUGUAAACGUCUAAGGUGCUAAAAAAAUCUGUAAGUUCUAUGAUUAUCAUGUGUAUAAUACGUCAAAUAAAGUUAAUUAUAAAAUAUUAAAUGCUCGUUUGAUGGUCUAAUCUUCAAAUUAGAGUCUAGAAUGUCAUUAUUAUGUUCAAAUACAUACGAAGGAUAUAGACUAUCACACUUGCAAAGCCUAGUCUCUUCUUAUCUUCUUUAAGAAGUUGCAAAACAUAGUUCCAGGCAACGUGCAAGCAGGAUUACUCCCUCAGCAUAAAUAUCAUCCCACCAGUCUAGGGCAGCUAGAUCCAAUGAUUUACAGAGGUUUUGACAAUCGGGUAUCCUAUCUAACAUUAACAGUCUACAAGUUUGUCGGGGUGAGUUACAUGAUUAAGAAAGCUUUUAGGAAAAGAGGGUUUAUCAGAAGCGUAAGACAAUCUAGCAUGUAGUUCAUUAACCUCUGAAGCUACCUCAUUAACGAUUCCCAGACUUUGAACAGAGUCUAGACCAAAAGGGGGAGCUUGAUGUUGAGAUAUGAGAACUCCGGAGCAACUAUAUCUCAAAUGAUUAAUGGGAAGCUGGUCGCUACUAAACAAAAAAAUGUUUCCUUUAACAGAUGGGAUAAUUCCAUUAUAAUUAUUCAAUGAUUGAAUGAGAACCAUCAAAAUUUACAAAUUUCUGGUCACUGGUCCGUGUUUCACUUGCAACAGUUUCCUUCAUCUUUUUCUUUUCUUAUCACCAAAAUUAGUUUCUUUUUUUUUAUGCUGAUAUACAUUGUGUUCUAUGCAUUAAACUUGUCAGUUUUAUGUUAGCAGCAACCUUAUUUACAUGUACUAAAAUUCGUUUCAGAAAGCUCUUUGACCAUGGGCAUUGGAACAGAGUUGAUUUUGAUACCACGGGGAACUGAUUCUAAACUUUGACAUGAGCAAUGUUCCGAUUAUUUUUUUAUCCCAUCUUUGAAAAAGUAAUUAGAAUGAGCAGACUAGAGACCGUGCCCAGCUGACAUACUUUAAUAGGGGUAUAAACCGCUCAUUCUUGUUGUGUGAUUCUUGGAUAUGUCGUCAUUAUAUCUUUCCAAGGAGAGCAUCAACGUAAUUCCUUUACAGAUCCACGGAGGUCGUAUAUGAGAGUCACUGCUAUUGAUCAGCAUCAUACAGUUCCAGAUGCUUAAAUUUAGAUUACAUGGAAUUCUGUCUGUCAUUUAAGCUAGCUCCUCUUGGGAGGAGGGGGAGGGUGUGGUGAGGAUAUAUUCUGAGAAACAUCGAAUUCUUAGUGAUUAGAAGGCUUGUCACGAUCUUGAGUUUUGAUCAUUUUUUCUUCAUCGGAUGAACAAAGUUAUGUCUAUUCGAAUGAAAAGACAGAGGUUUCCCCCCAAAAACGUACAGUGGAGCCAUUUCCUCUUUUCCCCCAGGAAGCAAUCUUACAAUGCAGUAUGGUGCUAAGAAGUAUCUAUGAAGUCUUUACGCAGAAACUGGUGCACAUAAGGUUAUUAACGAGGUAUAUAAAAUAGACACAUUGCUUGUAAGUAAGAAUCAUUCCCUGUUUUAGAUUUCUCUUCACUUUUUCAUCGUUCUUGACGUCAAACAAUGCCUCAUCCAUAUAGUCAGCUUCCAAGAAUCAUGGGCUUAAAUGAAUAAAAACUUCAGGUGGUAUCAUGUGCAUCUUCAUCAACAAUCAGACACCAAUAAUUAACCAUCUCAAAGACACCAAUAAUUACAGAACGGGAAAAGGAUAAUACUAAUGAAGACGAAUAAAUUCGCAUAAAAAAAGGAUGCAUUCUUAGAAAUUAUCCAAUUCAUACUUCACAACUCAUUUCUUCACAGAAAAACUUUAGUACAUGCUAGUCUCUGUUCCUCAAGUACUUAUGUUUUGUGAGGGCCUUAACUGUACACGCAGGUAUUGCUUGCAGUGAAAGGCACGAUUGGCAGGUCUACCAUUUUUCAAUGGUUAAGGAAAAAAGGAAUUCCCACAAUUGAAGCGUCAGACUGGAAUGCCCUAACGCAAAUACUUCAGGAAAAUUUGCAAGUCAAUAAAACUGAUAGAGAUGAGUAUGCAGCAUGCUCAGAGAGUGAAAGAUUGAGAAUGAAGAUACUGAGUUUUCUGCCUGAAUAUAGAAGUUGUGGCGAGGGGAUGGUGACUUCGAAUACUGUCAUUGUGGUAGACACAGCGCUGUUAGAUCUCAGAACUGAUAUAUGGGAAGAGCAGCUGAAUUUCCUAGAGAAAUAUCGUCACAAGGUGCAGUUUGCUUGGUUACUCAGUCGUGACACAUCCAACAACUUCAAGGCCGAGCUGAGGAGAAAAGGGCAUUUUUUAUUGGUUAAUAAGCCAUUAUAUAAAGCAAGGAUGGUGCAGAUCUUGGAUGCUGUUCUAAAAGAGAGAAGUUCAGAAUAUCAACUAAACUGGAGCAUUCAGAAUUCAACAACUGAAAACGAUUUGCAUGAGUGCCAUGAGGUGGAUCCCAUUAAAUAUGGUGUUUUCAGCUCAGAGAGCUCUGACAAGACUGAUGUGGAAAGGGAAAUAAUACAAUCUAGCAAAACAGAAGGCGAAAAGGUUCAGGUCCCUCAUUAUCCUGAACAAUGGACUGGAAAUUCAGUGAAAGAAUCCAUAAGUACGAGCUGCACAAAUAGUGUUAUCCAAUUCUCCAGUUUUCCAGGCGAGGACACUGCUGUCACAAAAUUGCCAACUAAUGUUCAUGAUCUUGAGAAGUAUGAAUGUGGGAACAGACACAUGCAUAGCUUAGAAGAGAAUGAACAAUGUCAAGUACUGGAAGGAAACACCAAGGACGACCAUAGGAAGGCAUCACGGAUAUCAAAGCCCGAAAUCGAACCCUUUAAAAUGUGUACAAAUGCCUGGACAACGUCCAACCAGGUGGACCAGAUGGAGAUAAAAGACAUUGAACAAGAUCUGUACAAGAUAGAUCAGGUAUUAACCGAUUUGGAUGGCUUCAAGCAGCAACAUCCAUUAUGUGAAAGUGAAUCAAUGGCGUCCCCACAUAUAGACCAAGCAAGUAGCAGAAAAAACAGUCGAGGAUUAAAUCAGCUUUCUUGCAGAAUCUUGAAACCUGAUGUUCAUCAAGUUUCCAAGGUGAAGGACUCUAGAGAUUCAAUUGUAGAUAUUUCUUGCCUGAGACCUCUUGAAGGUUUGUGCAUACUGCUUGCGGAAGAUACACUGAUACUACAAAGAGUCGCAACAAUAAUGUUGCAGAAGAUGGGAGCAAAGGUUGUACCCGUUGGAGAUGGACAACAAGCAGUGGAUGCUCUGAGAUACAUGCUUCAUGAAGAAGAACGUAGAAGACAAACUUCAAAUAAACAGCUGCAGAGGAUAAGUUUUGAUCUUAUACUCAUGGAUUGCCAGGUAUGACAAUAUGAAAGUGCAUUUUUUCAUGUUUUAUAUGUUAUUUAUAUAUAUGAGUAUUUAUAAAAAAAAUGCGAUUUUUGUCAAAAAAUCAUAGUAAAAGAACAUGUGCUAACUAUGCCUAAAGAAUCCUGUAAGGAAAAGAGGCCGUAAUUAAGUUCAAGUCAAAACAUAGUUGAUAUGUCAAAGUGUUUUAGUCUAAUAUGGUAAUGAGAAUUUCUUCCGCGAAAUCCUCGUAUAAAAUGUUCUUUAUGCGAUACUUGUCCGAUAGUUUCAGAGAAAACCUCUGGAUUUCGUCCCAUUGAACAAUGGCCCUAUUUGGUUUUUUUAUCACAGAGAUAGAAUCAUCCUCCUUCACUAGGUUCUGCAGCUUGAAAGAACGAUACGUAUAAAGUUAGAUUGAUUGAAGCAACAAGCUGAUAGAAUAGUGGAACGAAAUACUCACCGUUCGAAGCUCUUCAGCUUCUUCAAUAGGUACAGGAAAGAACCUUCUGCUUUUUGGGUAUCUCUUGCAUAGGAGACGGUAUCAUUUCUUCUUCUGCAACUGAUUUCAAAGACAUCGCCAUGGAAUGUGUGUUGUCCCCUUGAUGUACAACAACAAACUAGGAAGAAUCUUAGGUUGAAUGGAGAAAGAAAUAGGUUUUCGUCGAAUGGAGAAUGUAAUUGCAAACAUUUUGAUACAUUAAACUCUGUCUAUAGAUGGGAAAAUACAAACCCAAAAAAAAAAAGAUUGGAUGGCGGCCGGAAUUUUGACCCAUAAACUAGAAAAGAUGCAAACGUUUUGAAGCUUAGGAAUAAGGGCUCCAUAGUUUUCCACCUUUCAUUGGUCCUAAUGGAAUAAUUCACCAAUCCUCAAGACUACAUACAUAAAGAUCCAUACGUCCUAUGACUUGGGCAUUAUCUUUCCGCCAACAGAGUUGGUCAACUCAGUCAGAAUCCAAAACUAAAAAAAAAUGAAUUUUUCGUAUCAAACUCAGUUGACCCGGUGGUAACUGGCACAUUUGGCUCUGACCCAUACGAGUCUGCACAGCCAAUUAGAUGACUGAAAUAUUUAACUUAAAGUAAACUGUGAAUCAUCAAGGGUUUUCGCUAAAGCCCACUUCUGUUAACCCAGGCUGAUUCACAUUUAAAUAUACUUUUCUUCUUCGACCACACUGUAACUCUUCUGGUGUAAUAUCCCUUUCACAGUAUCCAACACACUUGAAAUGUGUAGGAUGAUUUCCAUUGCUUUUUUAAGAUGAAAUAAUAUUAAAUCAUCAGAUUAUAUAACUAAAUCACAGAUUCAUGGAUGCUAAGAAAUGAUUUUUCAAAGACAUAUCCUCUUAAUAUUUGAGAGUUAGAAUUGAAUCACUGCCAAUGAAUCUCAUAAAAUCAUACUCUGUAGUUUUGGGGGAUGAUUUCAACGUCUUGAUGUCAUUAUGGCUACUUAAACUUGUGGCGUGCCAGAAUGUUCUAGAGUUUCACAAUUGUCAGGACAUCCUCUGAAUAUUUGGUAAUCGAUAACCAAGUAUCAAUAAUAAAACAAAAAAAAUUCCUUUUAUGUCUUCAAAACUGCAGAUGCCAAAGAUGGAUGGCUACGAAGCAACAAAAGAAAUUCGGAGACUAGAAGUUGGGACGGGCUUUCAUAUUCCAAUUGUUGCACUGACAGCACAUGCAAUGUCAUCUGAUGAAGCUAGAUGCUUGGAAGUCGGGAUGGAUGCAUAUCUGACGAAGCCAAUUGACAGCAAGCUAAUGGAAUCUACAAUUCUUUCCCUGACAAAGAGUUUCUCCUAG